CAGAUCUGACAGGUUGGUAAGCGGAAUGUGGCGAGACACCGUGCGAAGUGAAAUAUGAUAAAAGCAUCAUGGCCAGUAAUCGAUAUUCGGGUAAACCUGCACGAUGAUUUUUAAUCAACAAUCGCCCCAGUUUCUCUCGAAAACUCUCCAAUCUAAAAAUAUAUAUAACAAUGGUUUAUCAUAAUAUCAAUUAAUCUUAUAGGCUAGGGUUUCCCGAGCUAUAAUCCAAAUUUACCUCUCAGCCAAAUAGCUAAUACAUUAAUGGCCACUCUGCAAGAAUAUUAGAAAAAAAUGUAGUGAGCUGUGUUCUAAAUACUCUAUCAAGAGGUUAGGGAGAAACCCACAUGGUAAUAACAUGUGUAGCAGAUUGCCGCCAGAGCAUCCUGUAGUGCUGGAUACAUUUUCAGCAUGGCGACGUCAAGAUAUAAAGCUACAGAUCGAUAUUGGUUACAUCUUUAUUUGUUCUUACCCACUUUGGUAUACCGACAGUACGUCUAAUCUACUCAUGUUGCACUUUUGUUUUCAACCACGUAUGCCGGCAAGUUUGAAAAAAAUAAUACAUUGGUCAUUGCAAACAGGUGGGAGAGUGAUUGAUGCCCACUUGUAUUUAGCAAACGUCAAGACAGAAGCCAAUAAUCUAUUUGCAAAACUCACGACUAUUCAUUUCCAAGCACAACCAAAUGCUCUGCAUAUAGCGCUUCUAUCAUAUGGCCAUGAAUUAGGUAAUGAUUACUGUGGCUUGUGCUUAUAAAAUUUGGCUGCGAGCAAUUCAGUUGAAUGUUUCUGAAGUGUGAUAAACAUUUUGUAGUUUGAUUGGGCAGCAGAUUGAGGCUGGGUAGCUAUGGAGGCGACGGUGAUCUUGUUUUGUCUUGGAAUGGGGGCAUUGAUUUGUGGGCAUGGUCAAGAUUAUGUCUCUGUUUUGGGGGAUCCUGGUAUGCAGAGCCAGCGAGUGAGAGUUGCACUAGAAGGAUGGAAUCAAUGCAAUGAAGUGGGAGCAGAAGCUCCUGGCAUGGGAAGCCCUAGAUAUGCAGAUUGCUCGGAUUUAGAUUGUUCUUCAACUCCAGGUCCUGCUGGAUGUGAAGUAGAUUAUAGAGUCAAAGAAGCUGACAACAGAUUAAGUGCAGGCGAUUCAUUUCCCAAUUCUACCUUCAGUAAUCCUUCUAAAGUAGAUCUGUAUGCAGCGGAAAAGGAGCUAUAUCUGGGUUCCUUGUGUCAAGUUGAUGGUGGAUCAAAGCCCUGGCAGUUUUGGAUGAUUAUGUUGAAGAAUGGAAACUUUGACACCAAAUCAGCUUUGUGCCCAAAUAAUGGUGUAAAGGAGGACCCUAUCAGAACAAAUAGAACUUUCCCCUGUUUCGGUAAUGGGUGCAUGAAUCAGCCCCUUGUGUACCACAAUUGGUCAGAAAUUCAACCAGGAAACAGUCUAUCUGGCAGUUUUUAUGGAAGCUAUGACUUGGAUGCUGAUCUACAAUCAGGAAUAGACAGCACCUCUUACUAUUCUGUAAAAUGGGAAAAGAACCCUACAACUGGGAGCUGGGUAUUUUCUCAUAAAUUAAAAACUUCAAAGAAGUACCCUUGGUUAAUGCUGUAUCUGCGUGCUGAUGCUACACAUGGAUACUCUGGAGGAUACCAUUAUGAGACUCGUGGAAUGAUGAAACAGGUGCCAGAAUCACCAAAAUUUAAGGUUCUAUUGACACUUGAUGUGAAGAAGGGAGGUGGUCCACAGAGCCAGUUUUAUCUCAUUGAUAUUGGCAGUUGCUGGAAAAAUGAUGGAAGACCAUGUGAUGGAGACGUAGAAACAGAUGUGACUAGAUACAGUGAAAUGAUCAUAAAUCCAAGUAUUACAAAUUGGUGCAAACCAAACAACCUUAAUGUGUGCCCACCUUAUCACAUCACUGCCACUGGCAGAAAAAUCUACAGAAAUGAUACCGAGAACUUCCCAUAUGCUGCAUAUCACUUAUACUGUUCUCCAGGCAAUGCACACCAUCUGGAGGAGCCUUUCAAUCUUUGUGAUCCAUACAGCAAUCCUCAGGCACAGGAGAUAAUGCAGAUAUUGCCUCAUCCAGAAUGGGCAGUGCAUGGUUAUCCUUCUAAGAUGGGAGAAGGAUGGAUUGGAGAUGGUAGAACAUGGGAGCUAGAUGUGGGAGCACUUUCUAACAGAUUGUACUUCUAUCAAGAUCCAGGGACAACACCAGCACAGAGAUUGUGGACAUCAGUUGAUGUUGGAACAGAAAUCUAUGUGAGUGACAAAGAUGAGAUUGCAGAGUGGACUUUGAGUGACUUUGAUGUUCUUGUCCCAGUUCCAGACUUCUCAGAUUCUUAGAAGGUGACAUAUAUUACAAGUGAGCAAAUAUAUUUUGAUGUUUGGAAGCCACUUCAGUGUCUGGGUUUGAAUUAAUGGCAGCAAUAAACAAAUAUCAAAUUUCAGUGAAAAAGAUUUGGAAUUUGACAAAGAGAAAGGAAGGUCCAAAUUUUAACCCUUUAGAACCUUUGAAAAGGAUAUUUUACCUUCUAUAAAUAUAAUUUGUGAUCUUUCUUUGUCUUAA